AUGCUCAAGUCCUUAAAUGUUCCUGUUACAAAAAUACUUGCAGUACAUCAAAGAGAUGCUACUAAGGCUAAGAAUGCUGAUUCAGAUACGGCAAAUAGUCUUAAGGCAGAAACAGAAGCAGGUUUAGUUAAUGGUUUAAUAGGAAUUAUUCAAGACAUUUUGUUUGAAGAAAAUCAGACACUGCCUCCACUUCAUACUGCAGUUUUUAUUAUAUUUGAUGAUUAUAAAGGAUCUACCAUAAGCAAUUUAGAAAAC